AUGGAGGAUGACAGUUCUAAACCUAUGGUUGUUCGGGGGGCGCGUGCCUGCACUGUCUGUCGGCAGGCAAAGAUGAAAUGCGUCGGUGCAGAGGAUGGUCAAAAGCAGUGUCAACGCUGCCAACGCGCCAAGGUUGAGUGUGUCUUUGAAAAACAUCGUCGCGGUAGAAAACCGGGGUCAAAACUCUCCGAGGCAUCUAAAAUGCUACGUCGCCUCGAAAAGGGCCUCAACAGCGCGAAGCUCAAGUCACACGUGGCUGAACAACCACACGCGUCUGCGUCCCCAAACGAGAUACCAGAGCAGUCUGGUCGGGAGAUGGAUGAAGACGAGGACGACCCAGACCCAGAAAAUCGCGCUCUUUUCCCCGCAAAACUCAUUGGCAAAGAAAACCAACGCAACUCUUUCUUUCGCACAAUCCUUAAUCCGGCGGACCCUAAUCCAUCCCCCUCGCGUCCGUUGAAUUCGCCUACGAGCGGGGCUCCACUGGAUGCAAUCAGUGCUGGUAUAGUGGACGACGAACUUGCAGCCAUUCUGUUCGACCUGUUAUUCCUACGGUUAAACCCCUUCAUCAACCUGUUCGAUGUUACUCUACAUACCCCACAACGAGUCCGCGCUCGAUGUCCACUACUUUUCACGACGCUAAUCGCCGCAGCCACCAAAUUCUUCAGACCUGAACUCUACAAAUCAUGUCAAAAACUCGCACACGAUCUUGCUGUUCGCGCCUUCGCUGAGGCCUGGAAGCGGGUGGAAGUAGUCCAAGCUUUUGCUUGCUUAACGUAUUGGAGGGACCCAGACGACAACGCAAGUCAAAAUCCAUGCGACACUAGGUUUGACUUAUCUUUCUAUAGCGCACCUGGACCUACAUCGGUUAUGUUGGCCAGCCGCAUGGCAAUUGAACUGGGACUCAAUCGCUAUUGUUCAACCCCUCCGCCGAACGAAACCGAACUCCAGCGCCUUGAACGAAGGAACCGCGAAAGGACUUAUCUUGUGCUCUUCAUACACGACCGAAGUUUAAGCACUCAGACCGGCAGAUCUUGGAUGCUCCCCGAAGAUGAGCUCGUUCGUCAUGCUGCCACCUGGCAUGAGAAUGGGGGAGCGACUCUUCGGCCAGAGGAUGUCAUUGUCGCCGCUUUCGUCCAGCUUCGCCGCAUUUCGUCAGAAACCACAGAUAUGUUCUACACAAAAGGCGGGGUUCCGAAUGGGAGCCAUAAUGAUGUCAACUACGAGGUCGUUCUCCGCAACUGCAACGGAAAACUCACCCAGUGGUCGGACACUUGGCAGGCGGAGAUGCAGCGGGCCGGCGGGGAAUCAUUCCAUUUCUCGGUCCUCAGUUAUUUCGGUCUACAUGUUCGCCUCUUUCUCAACAGCUUUGGUAUUCAAGAGUCCAUGUCGCCUUCCAGCCGAGCUAGUCCGAGCUUACAAGCAUUAUCGGCUUGUUGCACGAGUGCGAUGGAUAGUCUGAAGAUCGUUUCCAAAGACUUUCCUUCUAUGAGCAUGCUUCGAUAUAGCCAAGACUCGGUCACUGUGAUGUCUGCAUAUUCUGCAGUGUUUCUUCUCAAGCUGCUGCGUAGCUCGAACACCCUUGCCCAACUUCACGAAGGCGCCGCGCAUGACAUCAACUCCCUUAUUUCCAAGACUGCUGACGCUUUCUACGAUGCCUCAAUGCUAUCCCCAACAUCAACUUCGGCUGCCUACCAUGCACGUUUCCUACGGAGUUUGUUGACGAACGAUAUCUUCAAGGCCCGACAGUCAGAACCGGACCGAUUCAACGGAAUGCCGCUUGAUCCCCGACUGUCAGCUGUUCAAACUCAACCAGUCCUAUACAACCAGCAACAAAUUUCACCCACCCAUGACCAACCCCAGUCAUAUCAAUACUCCUCCGUCUCUCCCACGCACGAGCAGUAUCAGGGCGAGACCGCUCCUCGACACGCCGCUGCCUAUUCAUCCCAUGCGGAGACAAACUAUGUCCCGUCAAUCAACCACGCCUCUGAAUUGGAUGCACACUAUUGGCGAAGCAUGUUUGUCGAGCUGGGUUUUGGCGACUCUCAGUCAGACCACUCGCGCGGGGGUCAUCCCCAGGGCGGCAACCAUUAUAUGCAUCCAAUCCACUAUUGA